AUGUCGGCCAGCUCACCCCAUCGAUAUGUCUACAAAAUCGUCCCCUCGCCGCCGCCGGACACGAUGCCCGAGCAGUUUCCCCUUUCCGAGCUCGACCAGAAGGAUGGCUUUGUGCACUUGAGCACAGGUGAACAGAUACCCCUCACGUGCGAUAGAUUCUUCAAAAACGCCUCGAGCCUGUGGGUGUUCAAGUUUGAGCUGGCCAGGUUCAGCGACACUGUCAGAUGGGAAGGUGGCUUCCCGCACUUGUACGGCAAUUUCGGCGUCAAGGAUAUCUUGGCUGUGCAGAGGUUUGAAAGAGCCGAGGGGGGGAAUUGGCCUGAAGCCAUGCGUGGCUCGCAGUGGCUGGAAUAA